AAAAAAAUAGAGUCGGAAAAUUACACCAGUGAAGUGUGCGUAAUAAUCGUUGGUUGUUGUUGUGGUGGUGGCUAAAGGAUAACGCAGCAGGUGGCGCAGUAUCGCGUGGGUGGUCGAUUGAUGAACACAGAAAUUUGCCUGGAACUGGACUGACGAAAAAACACACCAGGCCUGCUAAGCACCCGGAGACCGAAUCGAAAAGAGCCCCUGCUUCGACACCAGCCAACACGAUGCGGAUGCCCCGGCCAGGUGGCAGCAGCAGCACCGUCGUCACAUCCGGCAGUGUUUGGACACUGUGGAAAAUGGAUUUUCUCCUAAUGGAAGUGGAUUUGGUCGCUUGAAUUGAAUUGGCCGCCGCCGCGAGAUAAUCGGUAAUCGCGAGAAACGAUCCUAAAUUUGUGCGUGUGUGAGAGGACACACAAUCCGCCAGGAUUAGAGGGCAUUAGUGCGGCUGGGGAGUGCGUAGAACAGAGGAGUAGUAGAUCAAAUUUGUGUGCGCCAUGGUGGAAUCGGGCAGCAUCAGCCGGACCAGCCCCGGGUCGGGCGGGUCCAUUGGUGGGGUGGUCGCCGGCGUCCGGAGUGGCAUUCUGGAGACGCGUGUCCGCGGGGCGUGGUACCGGGUGUCGGUUACCCUCGAGUCGGACUAUAUUUCGGUGAGCCUGGACGAGACGUGCGAGCCGGUGGAUCACAGUACGACGCUGAACGGGACGUUAGGGAGUAAUCACAGCGGCAACAAUAGUUCGAACAAUUCGUCCCAACCUUCCUCGGCCGGUGCAUCCGGACCGUCGAUCCACUCGUCGGACAACCUGAGCAAUGGCGGUGGUGGCGGCAGUGGCAGCGGGGGCACCAACGGGGUCACGACGCCGGCCGGAAGCAGUACGCUGAACGGCGCCGGAUGUCUGAACGGGGACAAUUUCCUCAACAACAAUAACAACAACAACAACAACGGCAGCAGCACCAUCAACGGGUUGAUGAACAACAACAACGGCACCACGACCAGUAAUGGGGGUGGCGGGGGUGGGAGUGCGGGAAGUGGCAGCAACAACAACAGCAUCGACAACGGAAUCGCCGAGAUCUGCGACGUGCCGGACUCGGUGGCGAACCAGAAGCGACAUGUCCGCGUCAUCAAGUCCGACAACAACGGGCUCGGCAUCUCGAUUAAGGGUGGCCGUGAGAACCGGAUGCCGAUUCUGAUAUCGAAGAUCUUCCGCGGCAUGGCGGCGGACAGCGCCAAGGGCCUGUACGUGGGCGACGCCAUCCUGUCCGUGAACGGGGAGGACCUGCGGGACGCCACCCACGAGGAGGCGGUGCGGGCGCUCAAACGGGCCGGCCGGGUCGUCGAUCUGGAAGUGAAAUUCCUGCGCGAAGUGACGCCCUACUUCCGGAAGGCCAGCAUCAUCUCCGAGGUGGGCUGGGAGCUGCAGCGGGCGUUCCUGUGUCCGCUCGGGCCGGGCGCGUCGAGUCCGCCGGCGGCCGCCCCCCGCAGUCCACCCCGCGCCGACACCCGCUACAUUCCCCUGCAGCUGACGCAUCUGGCGCGGAAUCUCAAGUACCACGACGCGGAAAACCGCUGCAUCGAGCUCCACUCCCCGGACGGCAUCCACUCGUGCAUCCUGCGUGCCGUCGACCCCCAGGAGGCGACCACCUGGUUCAACGCGCUGCACUCCGCCAUCGGCAAGAGCACCCAGAAGGCGCUGCUGGACGCGAACCGCGCCCUAGUGGCGAUAAUCGGCGAGCUCAAGUUCAUCGGCUGGCUCAGCCGGAGGUGCAGUGGGGAACCGAAUGGUCGCUCCAGCUCGGAAAGCUCAGACGAAUUAGAUAAAUGGCAAUCAAUUUUCGUAGCCGUCACCGAUCGUGAAUUUCGGUUAUACGAGAGCGCCCCCUGGUCGGUGGAGGCUUGGAGCAGACCCUUCGAGUGCUGUCCCCUCGUGACUACGCGGUUGGCUGGCGCUGGCAACACUUCCACCGUGGGUUCGAAUUCGAGCGCCCAGUCGAGCAUUUUCUGCGUGCGGUGCGGCACGACGCGCGGAGUCCUCAGCCACUGGCUGCGGUCGGAGACGAACCGCGACAUGGCCGCGUGGGCACGCGUCCUCGUCCAGGGCUGCCACACGGCCAUCAUCACCCAGCGGGAAUUUUCGUUCCGGUGUUUGUAUCAGGGCCGCCCCUGUCAAUUAAUCGUCCACCUGGACCGGGGCUUCACGCUGCUGGAUUCGUCGCUCGUGGGCAGCGGCGCCCCCAUCACCAAGGCCCUCUGGUCGUUUCCGUUCGACAAGCUUAAAGGUUCCGCCGACGACGGGAACAAGCUGCUCUUUUUGGACUUUGCCGGCGGCCUGGAGGAUGGCAGCGGGGGUGCGGAAAUUGAACUCGACAUGGAGUGCUGUCCAAAGCCGGUGGUCUUUGUCCUGCACAACUGCCUGUCGGCCAAGGUGCACUCGCUGGCGUAAACUUGGAACCUGAACCUGACGCUUGGCUUGUAGAAGAAAAAAGAAAAGUAUUAUUUUACUAACAGCAAUUAAGGGAACUUCACACCCUCGAUGUAAAUAUUCACACAUUAUGAGAGAAAGUAUUUGAGGUAAAUUUGAG